CUUGCUUUUGACUCUCUGAGAUGGUGAAAAUGAAAUAUGGGAGGUGCUAUUUAUAGGGAAGGGAUGAAGCAUAGCCAUUAAUGGAUGGUAGAAAUUUUCUACCUCCCAACCAGCUACUCAUAGAAAUUCUAAGAACUACGUCUUCCUAUUGUUCACUUUGUUGUCACAAAAAUGGCUUACGGAUCUUCACAGACUUUACCUCCAACAGUGUCCUUCUCACUUCAAUUUUUGACCACACAAGACACUACUCUUUUUAGAUCCAUUAAUUCUGUCACACAACCUAAAAAAAUCUUCGUGGCUCUUGCCUCUGCUUGUGGAUAAUCAUGGACGGUACUAAAAGCACUGUACCAAGCGAAUUUUCAACUCCUCUUCUUUCCGCAGAAUCACAAGGGUAUGGUGGAAAUGGUGGCGUUGAUUGUGAGGAAAAAAGCCAGAAAGAAACUUGGUACCUACCACCUCUUCUUAUACUUACCACCCUUGUUGCUGUCUCAGGUUCCUAUGUUUUUGGGACUGCGGUGGGAUAUUCAUCUCCUGCUCAGACUGGAAUCAUGGAUGAUCUCAAUCUUGGUGUGGCCGAGUAUUCACUUUUUGGAUCAAUACUGUCAAUUGGAGCAGUGAUUGGUGCCAUCAUAAGUGGUAGAAUAGCAGACUAUGCAGGUCGACGAGUUGCUAUGGGCUUCUCCGAAGUAUUCUGCAUCUUGGGAUGGAUUGCCAUAGCAUUCUCAAAGGUUGGUUGGUGGCUUUAUGUUGGAAGACUGUUGGUAGGAUGUGGCAUGGGCCUUCUGUCUUAUGUGGUACCAGUUUAUAUAGCUGAAAUAACGCCCAAGAAUCUUCGAGGGGCAUUCACCACAGUUCAUCAGUUAAUGAUUUGUUGUGGGGUAUCAUUAACUUAUCUUAUCGGAGCAUUCUUGAAUUGGAGGAUUUUAGCUCUAAUAGGAACUGUUCCAUGUCUUGUACAACUUUUGGGUCUAUUCUUCAUUCCUGAGUCUCCUAGGUGGCUGGCAAAAUUUGGUCACUGGGAAAGGAGUGAAUCUGCAUUACAGCGCCUUAGAGGAAAGAAUGCUGAUGUUUCUCAAGAGGCCACUGAAAUUAGAGAUUUUACUGAAGCCCUUCAGAUGCAAACAGAAGCUAGCAUCAUUGGCUUAUUUCAAUUGCAGUAUCUGAAGUCACUCACUGUAGGAGUUGGCCUGAUGAUACUACAACAGUUUGGAGGGGUUAACGGCAUUUCUUUUUAUGCAAGUUCUAUAUUCAUCUCUGCUGGGUUUUCCGGAAGUAUUGGAAUGAUAGCAAUGGUUGCUGUUCAGGUUCUUCAUACAAUUAAUUCACUUGUCUUCUUAAUGUUGUAUAGUAUAAAAUGAGAUAGAUGCUACUUUUUU